CUCCAGAACAUAAAAGAGGACCAGACGCUGCAGCAGGCACACCUCUUGCUCUUUCAGUUCACUUCACAUCAGUUCUAGGAAAAGCACGAGAAAGACGCACUGAAGCAAUGGCGGCUGCUGUACUGAGGUUAUUUGGGGUCCUCCUCUGCGCCCUGAUUGCCUGUGCUGAGGUCAUGCCUAUGAGCGACUUUGAUCUGCAAGGGAUGUCAGGGAAAUGGUUCAUUAUUGGUUUUGCUACAAACGCAGAGUGGUUUGUCAGUCACAAAGACAACAUGAAAAUGGGAACUGCCAUGCUAGUACCCACUGAGAGUGGGGAUCUGGACAUCACCUACGCCAACCUUCAGUCAGAUGGGUCUUGCUGGCGAAUGACUCACUUGGCCAAGAAGACUGAUGUUCCAGGCAGAUUCACCUUCCGUAGCCAGCGCUGGAAUAAUGACAAUGAUUGGCGUGUAGUUGAGGCCAAAUUCGAUGAGUACGCUCUAGUGCAUACCAUCAAGACCCAGAAUGGAGCGACUGAAGUGCUGAACAAACUCUAUGGACGCGCCACAAGCUUGAGCCCAGAGCUGCUGCAGAAGUUUAAGAAGCUCUCUCAGGACACUGGCAUCUUCCCAGAGAACAUUGUGAUCCUCCCGCCAAAUGGUGAAUGCGCAGAUGCCUAAGCACUACAUUUCACCAGAGAAAUUGCUGGUAAUUUCUAUGGUGACAUCUGACACAUGACCAUCCUUCCUCUUGCCCGGACAUGAGCAAUGUUACAGAUAAGACUGAUGACAUGUCUCAGGACUCCUGCUUGGCUUACGUUUUCAAGCUCUCUCCUCCUAUCUAGCUGUGAGCCAUGUGAAAGCCAUGACUUCUGUCUAGACACUUGUAUGGCUUUGAUUUUAGUGUUCACACCAACGCAGCCUUUCAAAAGGGAGAUGCAUUUACGGAGGUGAAGCCAUUUGAAAGUAUUACAACACAGCGUAUGAAUAUCUUGCUCUGACAUGACUAUGAAUGUGCAACACUCUUCAUCUCACCCUUCAACAAGCUCUGAGAAAUUUAUCAAAC